AAAAAUCAAAGCACACAAACUUGGGAGAGUCUGGGAAGGCGAUUUUUUGAUAUUUAUAUUCAGGUAAACUUUCUAUCAAAAUAGCAAACCUCUUUCCAGAUUGCAUUUAUGGAUCGUUUUAUUCAAGGAACCAUCGUAUUGAAGGAUUUUGACAUAUCGAAAGAGGCACGUGGGGUUGACAGAGCGAUCACUAAGAAUUUCAUUGCUUUUGUGACAGAGAACCAUCUUGAAAUUCACCAAUUCUGCACUGGUAAGGGAACUUGCUGCAUACCAGAACUAGGUGACUAUGGACCUUCCAUUUCAGCAAUCAGUGUGGUAUCAAAUUUCACACCAACUGUAAUUGGGAUUCCCCCACAUACAGCAGAAGAGAAGAGAACUGGGUUGAUUGUUGGUGUUACAGUUCCUGUCGGAGUUGUCACCUUCUCCUUGAUAUUUAUAUUUGUAGUCUUCUACUUGAGAAGGAGAAAAGAUGAUGAUGAUGAUGAUGAAGAAGAGCUUCUUGGAAUAGCACUCCGACCAAACACCUUCGGUUAUGCCGAGUUGAGAGCUGCAACAGAUGACUUUAGUCCCUCAAAUAAGAUAGGAGAAGGGGGAUCUGGUCCUGUAUACAAGUGCAACAUCGCAACCUUGUUAAACUGUACGGUUGCUGCAUCGAAGGAAACAGACACCUCCUUGUUUAUGAGUAUCUUGAGAACAAAAGCCAACAAAAGCCUUGACCAAGCACACUUUGGAAAUAAAAACUUGCAUCUUGAUUGGCCAACCUGCUUCAGUAUCUGCCUGGCAACUGCUAGAGGACUAGUUUAUCUUCAUAAGGAAUCAAGGCUGAGGAUCGUACACAGAGACGUGAAGGCAAGUAAUAUUUUACUUGAUUCUAAGCUCUGUCCGAAAGUAUCUGAGUUUGGAUUGGCAAAGCAAUAUGAUGACCAGAAAACUCACAUCAGCACUCGGGUGGCAGGGACCAUUGGCUAUUUGGCACCAGAGUAUGCAAUGUGUGGCCACCUCACUGAGAAGGCAGAUGUCUUUGGCUUUGGUGUUGUUGCUUUGGAAAUCCUUAGUGGAAGACCAAACUAUGACAACAGCCAGGACAAUGACAAGAUCUAUCUUCUUGAAUGGGUGAAGAAAGAAACUCUUUUACCUUUUUCCUUCUUUAUAGACACAUUCCUCAGGCAAGAGAUUCACUUAUACAAUGUUUCUAGGCAUGGACUAUGUAUGAAAGCAACCAGAGUCUAGGUUUGGUGGAUCCAACCCUAGUUGACUUUGAUGAAAAUGAAGCUUUAGAAAAUAACUUUUGUUAUAUGCAAAUUUGUUUGUUUUAGGUUUUUGUUGUUGUUGCUACAAGUAAUUUUGUUGUUGUUGCUACAAGUAAUUGUGAAGUUUGUAUUUUGUGGCUAUUGUUGAUGAUAUAUGAUUGUGCUUGCAAGUAUUUAUAUCUGGGUAAAUGCAUAUUUGAUGCUGGAUGAGAAUUUUUUUUUUUUUUCCAUUUUACUGAUAUUCUUCCUUUUGACUUGGCACUUUUCAUUAUCUCUUUUUCCUCUCAUAUUCUCUUCCUUGUUGGUCAUGGUUUCCCUUUAGGUGUAGUGAAUAUAGCUCCCUCUGGGCUCCUCUUUUUUCUCAGUAUAUCUACAGUUGUAUCUCAUUUUUUGAAAGACUAUGAGUGGAAUGGAGAAUAGACUGUUGCACAGUGGCUGCAUUGGUAUGUGCUGUGAUUGUAAGUGGAAGCAGCGUUUAUGCUUUUAGUGACACUGAUAACUUUUUGGUCACCAACGGAGUCUAUUAGCCCCUGCCUCUUUCCUCAAUUAAUUAUCAUGCUAAUUUUCUAUUCCAAUCAUUAGCAAUCCAUUCUAUUAUUGUGAUUUCAACUUACUGCUUGAGCUUGAUCAUGACAUUGACAAAGAUGGGGAGUUUUCUCUAAGAAAAAGCAUUUUCCAUGUCUACUUUUAGGUUUCCGUAGCCUUGGUGUAUUGCCACAGAAAUUAAGAGAAUCUGGCACU